AAAAAAAGGAGUCUAACAUACCAAGAGUCAACGAAAUGACAAUUAAUUUCCUGAUUUUUCCAGGUGACGUUACAAGACAGUCACAUUUUGAAAAAUUGGUGGGAAAAGCCAGUUGAAUAUUUUUAUCUCGCAUUGUCGAGCUCUCCUCGUGCUCAGUGUCGUGAACUUACGUCUUAUCAUGUGAUCUGUCGAGGACGUCACUGUGACGGCGCCCGUGUAGCACAGUUUGAACAGUCUGACGAGUUUGAAGUCGAACUGUCCCACCAAGGCGCAGCAAUAAAAAUGGAAGAGGCGAUAAGACCUACCGUGGUGCCCGGUUGAGUGGCUUGAAGGACAGAGGAGGCGUUUUGGCUUCCAGUGCGGGACAAAAGGCGGCGUCGACGCGAGUGUGAGUCUAACCGUUACUGCUCUGCUGCAACAACACGCAUCAAUGUCUUGGCUUGAGGGUCGUAGGGAGUCGCUUCCUGUGGUCCAUCAGGUGGUCAGGCGUCGCUACUCAGGCCCGUUACUGCUCCCGCCUCUGCGGAGGAGACACUCGUGUCAGGAUCACCAUUCUGACACCCGCCACUUUUAUGCUGCACAUGGGUUACCGCUGCAUCGCCUCGAGGCUCUCUACUGUCGAGCAUUGACCACUCAUGAUGAACACCGUUUUGAUGUGGAGAAUGGCCUUUCGGUGGGUCGCAGUCCUCUGGACACCCAGACCAGCCCGGGUUCUGGUCUGGUCCUACAAUCCAAUGUCCCUCACAGUCAACGGCGUGAGUCUUUCCUCUACCGCUCCGACUCCGAUUAUGACCUGUCUCCUAAAACCAUGUCACGAAACUCAUCCGCGGCCAGCGACUUGCAUGGAGAAGACAUGAUAGUUACCCCAUUUGCACAGAUACUUGCCAGUCUACGAACAGUGAGAAGUAAUUUUGCCGUUCUCACACAUUUGCAAGAUCGUGUGGGAAACAAGUGGCCGCCAAGCAGUAACCAACCACCCCUGUGUAAACCAUGUCACACAGAGGAGCCUUAUCAGAAGUUGGCAGUGGAGACUCUGGAGGAGCUGGACUGGUGUCUCGACCAGCUUGAGACGCUUCAGACGAGAAACUCGGUCAGCGAGAUGGCGUCUAAUAAGUUUAAGAGGAUGCUAAACCGAGAGCUGACUCAACUGUCAGAGACCAGUCGCUCAGGGAAUCAGGUGUCGGAGUUCAUCGCCAAUACCUUCCUUGAAAAACAACAUGAUGUGGAGAUCCUGUCCCCGCCGCCUAAGGAGAAAGAGAAGAAGAAGAGGCCCAUGUCACAGAUCAGUGGCGUGAAAAAGGUCACACAGAGCCCCAGCCUUGCAUCUACCUGCAUCCCUCGUUUUGGAGUCAACACCCCACAGGAGAACCUGUUGGCCAGCGAGAUUGAGGACCUUAACCGUUGGGGACUGGAUGUAUUCAAGAUUGCGGAACACUCUGGAAACCGCCCUUUGACGGUCAUCAUGUUCUCCAUCUUCCAGGAACGAGAUCUUCUAAAAACAUUCAGGAUCCCUAUUAGCACCUUCAUCACCUUCAUGAUGACCUUAGAGGACCAUUACCGUGCCGAUGUAGCUUAUCACAACAACAUCCAUGCAGCUGAUGUUGUGCAGUCCACACACGUGCUCCUGUCUACCCCGGCUCUCGAGGCUGUAUUCACAGAUUUAGAAAUCAUGGCUGUUUUGUUUGCCAGCGCCAUUCACGAUGUCGACCACCCGGGCGUCACAAACCAAUUCCUAAUAAACACAAGUUCCGAGUUAGCAUUAAUGUACAACGAUGCCUCAGUGCUAGAGAACCAUCACCUCGCUGUGGGCUUCAAACUACUCCAAGAAGACAACUGUGACAUCUUCCAGAACCUCAGCAAGAAACAACGAGAUUCCCUUCGCAAGAUGGUGAUAGACAUGGUGCUAGCCACAGACAUGUCCAAACAUAUGAACUUCUUGGCGGACAUGAAAACAAUGGUGGAGACCAAGAAAGUGACCAGCUUGGGAGUUCUGCUGCUUGACAACUAUUCAGACCGAAUCCAGGUUCUUCAGAACAUGGUUCAUUGUGCCGAUCUGAGCAACCCAACCAAGCCCCUCGAGCUUUACCGUCAGUGGACAGACCGCAUCAUGGUGGAAUUCUUCACACAGGGAGACCGGGAACGCGAUAAGGGCAUGGAGAUCAGUCCCAUGUGUGACAAACACAAUGCAUCCAUUGAAAAGAGCCAGGUGGGCUUCAUCGACUACAUUGUUCACCCUCUGUGGGAGACCUGGGCGGACUUGGUGCACCCCGAUGCUCAGGAUAUCCUGGACACCCUGGAGGACAACAGAGAGUGGUACCAGAGCAUGAUCCCACGGAGUCCCUCACCUUCUAGUCCUGACGAGUCCCACGCUGAGCUCAGAUCGGGCGGUGGUCUGGGAGGGCCUAACCCUUCAACGGGGGUCGGCGGAGACAAGUUCCAGUUUGAACUGACACUGGAGGAGGAAGAAGAAGAGGAGGAUGAGGAAUUACAGUCUGACCUAGAGAGUCCACUCGAGGAUGACCCUCAGUUGGGGAUGGAGCGGCACCAGGACUCGUCAUCGCCCUCGACAUCUCCGGAUCCGCGCGGGAGGUACCACCCUCCUUCGCCACAUUUGUCACGGCCCACCAGUCUGACGUUGCAGAGCCCCCACCCUCACAGGACCACGACCUCGCCGAGCCAGGAGGGACCCGACGGUGAGAAAGAUGACAGUGCCCCCUGCCUGCAUGAAGCCACAUAACAACCAGCACAACCUGCCCUGCUAAAAAGACCGACAGUACUGAGAGGAGGCAGGGCGGGCCCUUACCUACCAAUAAAGUCUGUAACAUCACCACAGUCCCUUUACACUGGAGACAGCCUCUCUGUAGACAGAGGGAUGAUCCCCCUCUUUUUAGUUUCAUAUUUAUCUUGGCCACUCUUUGGGGCCUCUUAAGUCUUUAUUGUUUCUCACCCUGCUUUGGGAACGCCACCUGGACUGGGAAAAAGAGCGACUCUCUCCUAGAACAAAAGGUAAAAGAAAUGUCUUCCUCUAAAAUAUCUGCAACUCUUGGACGUGAGCAAGUGAGAGUUGCAGUGGUAUGACAGGGUCAUGGAGAUUAUUUUGCACCAUUUUAACAUACACAUUUCAGAAUCUUGUUAAAAUGAUUUGUACUUUGAAUUUUUGUUGAGGGAUUUUGAGGUGAUGUAAUAUUUGAACUGGCGAGGAGCUGCGACCGAAUUGAUGGACCGAAUCCUCAGGGUAUGAAGAGAAACACAAAUCGAAUGUAGCAUCGAUGUUGUUCAUGACCUUAAGCCCAAAGUCAUUCCCUCUUAGAAUUUACCUCUUAUUCACACAACUGGGAAUUGUCUAACCAGUUGAAACCCUUUAAAUUGGGCACCUUAGAGCAAUCAAAAAUGUGUGUGUGUGUGUGUGUGUAGGAAUGUAUACAUGUGGUCACAAAAUUAUGUGUACCUAUAUAGGAAACCAGUUUGUAGCACCUCAGAUUGAGCACUUACAACACCAACUGUAGUCUAAGCUUCCCCUGAGAUGACUUUAUAUGGUGCCCUUUUUCAAAGCUGUUGAGACUUACAACAGUUGAUUCUCCGUUCGCUGGUCGUGUCUUUACGUAGUUGAAAAGCAUUUUGUUUUGAUUUUAUCAGUGUGCCUCCAGCCCGCAGUAGCACUUUACCAUUUCUGUUGCUCGAGCUCUUCGAAUGUGUUACUAAGGGCUUCACCCACUGUAGGCUUGCACAUCAGAAAUGCAGUACAGGUUACCUGGAGGUGGGCAGGAAAUUUAACAUUUUGUUGAAUCACAAACUAGAUGAAACAUCUCUUGAGUGAGGUCUAGGUUAAAAUGAACGGUUUUCAGGUGCACAUAAGGGAAAUCCCAACGAUGCCAAACUUCUGAACCAAAAUCAAGCUUUGAUGACCUCCACCAAGCAUUGGGAGGUAAUGUUUUCGAGCACUUGGGUUUUAUUUCGCGAUAUCCACAGGCACGUGUUUGAAAUAGGGAUGGGUAUUUGACAGCACUUCCUUGAUUGCCCAUUGGGAGAACUCAUUGAAUAUGAACCACGCGCUACCACUUGGAAGUUUCGCAAAAGUGAAUGUGAGGGAAGUCCAGGGACCUCAGACUUAAUGAAUUCAUAAAACAUAAUGUCUCUUGUCAGUCCAUCGCAUGAGAGGACCAAAAUCUCAAGGCAUUUAAUUAUGUUGGGAAUACAUUUCAAUCCAUGUUGACCGCUUAAAUCAUUUCGAUUCACAACUUCCACUCGCUUGAACACGUCAAUUGCCUUGUGCAUACAUUUUUCUCGAUAUUUAUCGCAGAAUAAAUACAAUGUACUUUUUAAGAACCUGUGCAGAAUGCUCAGGCAUACGACGACGUUUGCAAGUUUGGAAACAAUUUAAAGUGCUUAUUCCAAACAAUGCACAUGAUGAACUACUGCAGCAGAGUUUGCGUUUGCGCAUGAGUCACUGCCAAAACAUUUGGCAACACUGACCUUUGUCUUUCAUUCUCUCAAAAUGGACUUGACUUCCGCCAUCGAUGCUUAGAGCUUCGUAUGUUUCAGCCUUCACAUCUUAACUCAUGGUAAUCGGAACCACAGUGCCUGGUUGUCAAUGAAGCAUCAAGUCACACCUCACAUUGUUUAUUCAUUUCUUUACUAUUGUUUUGGUCAGCAUGAGCCAUGACUAAAUCAAAUCAUAUUUGUGUUUAAGGGACCUGUUGACUGCUGAUCCUACACAGAGAUUUGACAGCAGGAUUAAUUUAAAAAAUGAACCCAUCACUUUAUUUUCAUUUCAUAUAAAAAAAAAUAAAAAAAUGGCUGGACCAACGUUCAUUAAAAAAAAUGAAUGUCCCUGUAAUUCCCGUACAUUUGGGUUCUUCAUUCUCUUGCCCAGUCCACAGAUGGCCGACACUUUUGCCGUGAAUAAAAAGGAGCACCGUUUUGAAAAUUGUUUCAAGAAAUUACUGAUACCAUUUUGGAAGUGCUUAACUGUAAUAACUGUUCCAUUAGUGUAAAAAAGAAAAAAAAGACUCCUGGAGCCUACAAUGCUACCUUUUUACACACAAGAUUUUAAAUGGAUGAUUGUAUCAGUCGUUGACUUUAUAGUGAUAGUUUUUACCAAUGAUAACUCAAGUGUAUUUAAAACGGAUGAUUCGUUUUGUGCAAUUUAGAAGCAGUGCUCCGCAUUUCUGAUAGUUGAGACUUGAGAAUGUGUAGUUUGAAGCCUUCUUGUGUCUGUCUGUGUGUGUGUGCUAAGUGUGCGUCCAUUCUGUAGCUGAGCAUUUGUGGCCAACAGAGAGAGGAGGUGGAAAGAAAGCAGGAAGCUAACCAGCACUACACACAUUUUAUUGCCUUCCGGGCCAGGCGAUGAGAGAAAACACUAGUCUCGAAGUACGUCAUGUCUGUGUUAUCGAGCGGCCUUUUUUUAUUGAGCAUGUGACUUAGGGUGGCGACCGUGGAUCUUAAAAAGGACCAAUGUGCUGAUUUUGACGCGCUGAAACCGAGAAAUAGAAAUGACUAUGCCGGUCACCAGAAUAAAUGACCUUUAAUCGUCAUGAAACAAAACAUAGCAGUCUGGUCAACUCAAAGAGAAAGAAAGCGCUGAAAGGUUGGGUGGCGAGUUAAACUCAGCACUGUGGUUCUUCACAUAUAAAACACUAGCGCCAGAAAGUAUUACCGGUAACCGUGUUCAUGAGUGUUGUUGCUCACUUCUUGUGUUGAGCUCAUGUCGCCCUCAUGUUUAGUCAUGUUGCUCAGCCUCUGUGUCGUGCAAACUUCUCCAAUGCUAUUUAUUCUUCAUACAUGUCUGUUGAGGGAAAAGUACUGUAAAAAAACAACAACAAACAUUUAAUUGUAUGUUUAAUCAUAUGUUGAGCCUCAAGAUCAAAUAUACAUGUAUACAGCUUGAUCUGCCACUCUGAGAUUUUUGUCAAAGAAAAAUGUGUUCAUUUGAACCAAAUUAGUUCUUUUAUUUUUUCUGGAGUUCCGGCUUUUUUGUGAGGGGAAAUGCCAAUAAAAUACACGGAAAUU